AUGACUUCCAACUACUCCUUCUACAGCAUCCCCGUGUACUGGUUCUUGGCGCUUGUACCACAUGCCUACGCCGUCUCUGUAGCGAAGAAAGCCAACAAGGGCUUUUGGGACAACACAAACCCCCGCCGCACUGGCUACCUCGAGAAGAACAUACCGAAAGAUGUGUUUGCAAAAUACGAGCGAGCAGAAGCAGCCCAUGCAAACGGGCUAGAGAAUGCGCCAUUCUUCAUUGGCGCUGUUCUGGCAGGGAACUUCGCAGGUCUCGAUACAUUCACGAUGAAUUCCUACACCGGAGUAUACGUUGGCCUGCGAGCGCUCUACAGCGUUCUUUACAUCAAAACCACGACGCUCAAGAACUCACGUGCACGUUCAAUGGUGUGGAUUGCUGGGCUACUCACCCUGUUCACACUAUACAUCAAGGCUGCGAACAAGGUCCUGGCAGAUUCGUAG